UAAGUGAUAAGUGCAGCAACUGUAGUCCCAAUCCCAUAUCCCGACUCGUACGCAGUGAGCGCAUGCGGAAGCACGAGGGAGGGGAAGGGGGGUUUCAGAGAGGAUUUUUUCAUUCACUAUGCAUCAUUCUUCGUCCCCCCCCCCAGGGCCUGCUGACCAAGCUGGGUCGCAAGAUGGCUGAGUUCCCUCUGGAGCCGCCCAUGAGCAAGGUGCUGAUCGCGAGUGUGGACCUGGGGUGCAGCGAGGAGAUCCUCACCAUCCUGGCAAUGCUGUCCGCGCAAAACAUAUUUUACAGGCCACGGGAGAAGCAGGCGCAGGCCGACCAGCGCAAGGCCAAGUUCUACCAGCCCGAGGGCGACCACCUCACCCUGCUGGCGGUGUACGAGCAGUGGAAGGCGGCAAAGUUCAGUGUGCCCUGGUGCAAGGAAAACUUCAUCCAGGACCGCUCCAUGAAGCGCGCUCAGGACGUUCGCAAGCAGCUGCUCGCCAUCAUGGACCGCUACAAGCUGGAGCAGGUGUCGGCAGGGCGCAACUACACCAAGAUCUGCAAGGCCAUCACCUCGGGCUUCUUCUUCCACACGGCCCGCAAGGACCCGCAGGAGGGCUACAAGACGGUGGUGGAGCAGCAGCCCGUCUUCAUCCACCCCUCCUCCUCGCUCUUCCAGCAGCAGCCCGACUGGGUGCUCUACCACGAGCUCAUCCUCACCACCAAGGAGUACAUGCGCGAGGUGCUGGCCAUCGACCCCAGGUGGCUGCCCGAGCUGGCGCCGCGCUUCUUCAAGCCCGCCGACCCCAACAAGCUCUCCCGCCGCAAGCGCUUCGAGCGCAUCGAGCCGCUGUACGACAGGUACAACGACCCCAACGCAUGGCGCCUGUCGCGUCGCCGCGGUUAGGGUGGUUGAGGCGGUUGAGGAAGAGGCGGCGGUUGUGGCUUGGGAGGCAGCGAUGGAAGCGGGAUGCGGGUGGAAGAAAGGUUCUUACGCGGGAGUGGUGGAGGGAAGGGAUGCAGGGGUGUGCAGCGGGGGGGGGGCACCGCAGGGUGCUGUUCUGCCAGCCUGGAUGCGAUGGACGUGCGGUGCGUACUCUGCCCUCCUUGACGGCCAGUCUGCCCGUCUGCCGGUCUGCUAUCCCGUCUGUGUGUCUGUCUGCAUCUACCAAGACCUGCACUCGCAACUCGCAUCGGAUGGAGCCAUUGUGCCUGCGUACGUGUUUUGCUAGCAGGUUCCCGGUGAUGCUGUUGGAGGCGGGAGCGGAAAGGGGUGCAUAGCUGGUUAGCUGUGUGCUGAGGUGGUGUACAUAGGAGGGCGGUUAGGUGUGUACGGCAGGUGCCGUCGUGUGGCCGGUACUGUACCGCCUCGACUACUACCGGUCCGCAGCAUGUGCCUAGUAACAGCACGAGUAGCACCGAACAGGGUUGGGGCUGCAUGCAGGCACAACGGCUGUGGUAAAGAACUGGUGCGGUGUCGGCGGCGGGAGGUCAAAGACUGUACCAAACCAUGGGAAACCACUGGUUGGGGCAACAGGGCUCAAGUGUAGGUACACGGCGAAGGGAGCUGUAGGGCCCUCUGCUUGGGCGGAGGCUGAGGUGGAAGGUGCAUGGUGACCAUCCUAACUAGCUAGCGCCUGUUGAUUUGCAGUUGGCUUGGUACCGGUAGUUUUGUUCAGACGUACGGUAGCUGUCCCUUACAGGAUUGAACGGUGGGUGCUGGGUGGCCGAGUGUAUCGGUUGUGGGACUGGACGGUGACACGGGGGGGGGGUAGCUGUGACAGCGCGAUGGGCUCUGUAGCAUUAGAAGGACCGAAACAUCUACAAGAGGCAAGACCAUCAUGGCACAGGGUUUGCAAAGCGGCCUGGUGGGGGACUUCCGUGGGUUGGUACGGUAGCUUGCAUCGGGCUGUGGACUCUGGAAGUUCGGGGCGCGUUACAUGGUAAAGCAGCAAGAGCAUAUUGGGAAGCGGCUGAUCAGGGAGUAACUAUCGGGC